GACCAACGUCGAGGAUUUUCAUCAGAACGAAAGGGCAGCUGUCGCCAUAACUUUCUUUCGUUGUCCAAAAGGGCCGUCGUAGGCGGUUUAAUUGUGCGGGAAAGGGUGCAACGUUUCGCGCGGACAGUAGUCGGCAUUAGCGGCGUUAGUUUAACUUCGAAUUACAGCAGCCAUGGGAGAGGAGGGACCCCAAAUCUUACCAGUGCACGGGGUCACAUAUUCGACGCUGAUCGCGUUCUGCAUCGGCGGCACUUUAUUCGGCGUCCUCAUAGUCGUCAUCACCUGGUUCUGCUACCAGCGGCGUAAACGUCUCCAAGCCAAACGCAAUGGACCUGACCAGCCACUGGCCUUUCAUUCGCAUCGUAGGCCUACCGCCGUGAAAAGUCCGGCCGGAAGCGGUACCCACUACCUCAAGAAAAGUCCUAGUCCUACCGGACCCUCCAAGACCCCACCAGGAAUGUCCUCGCCGCACACACCUAGUCCCACAGGAAGCGUGAUGGGACCAUUGGAGAGCGGCGUGUCCAGCGGUACCCAAAACGAACCGAAGAAUGGCAACCAGGUGGUGAAAGAUGUCUACGCGACCGAAAACGAAAUCCGGCACACGCCGACCAAGGAAGAAAUGGAAACCAACGAGAAAAACUUACAACAGAACGCUUCUUAUCUGGGUCAAUUGGUCUUCAAACUGAGAUAUAAGCACGACAAGAACGCCCUGAUCGUCUCCGUGGUACGAUGCAAAGACCUGCCGGCCAAGGAUCCUAACGUGGGAUCGAGCGAUCCCUACGUCAAGCUGCAACUCCUGCCAGACAAGCAACACAAGGUCAAAACCAGAGUGCUGCGAAAAACCCGCAACCCGGUCUACGACGAAGACUUCACCUUCUACGGCAUAGGCUUCAAUCAGCUGCCCAACAUUACGCUGCACUUUGUCGUGUUGAGUUUCGACCGAUACAGCCGCGACGACAUCAUCGGCGAGGUGUUUUGCGGCCUGAACGCCAUCGAUGUUUCGCAGAUCGAGACUCAGCAGAUGGCUCUAUGUCGGGAAAUACAGCCCAGAAGUUUAAAGAUCCGAUCCCAAGGCCGAGGCGAACUCCUGGUGUCCCUCUGCUGGCAACCGGCGGCCAAUCGUCUGACGGUAGUAGUGCUGAAAGCGCGCAACUUGCCCAAGAUGGACGUCACCGGCUUGGCCGAUCCCUACGUCAAGAUUUACCUCCUGUUCAACGGGCAGCGCAUCGCCAAGAAGAAGACCCACGUAAAGAAAAGGACCCUGAGCCCGGUGUUCAACGAGAGUUUCGUUUUCGACAUACCCACCAACGGUGAAGGUCUCGACGCGGUCAGCCUCGAGUUUUUGCUCUUGGACUGGGACAGGGUGACCAAAAACGAAGUGAUCGGCCGACUGGAGCUAGGCGGACAAAAGUGCGCGGGAUCGGCACUCCAUCACUGGAACGAGGUGUGCAACUCGCCGAGGAGGCAGAUAGCGGAUUGGCAUAAGCUGAGGGAGUGAGCGAGGCGACUUUAGCUUACCUAUUUUAAUUAAGCAAAAUGCUAUUUUUGUUCAACAAUAUAUUAAGUAUUUUCGAAAAUAUACAUGUUAGGAAAGUGAACGUGAGACGCGAGCCCUUUCUCGGUGACCUUCGAGUGACCUCCACGCAGCUGGCGAGAGCUCUAAAGGUCGACGAAGAAACGGGACGUUCCACGUGCAAUAAGCUUAAGAUUUCCUCUUAGUUUGUUUCUACGGUAAAGACGGAGAACCAAACCGCGAGCUUUUGCUGUCCUGUUUUAGCGUAUUGUGGUUAUUAUAUUUGCGCAUUUAUUCACAAAGUCGAUAAAAAAAAAAGGAAACGAAUAUCGGUCAGGGUUCGCGCCUAGCGCGUAGAUAAAAAAAAAGAUGAGCGGAGCGUGUGCGCACGCUCCGCCCAAUAGCUUCGUUGUGAUAUAGAGUUAAGCGGUGAAGAGAACACGUACCAAUAUAUAAUCGAGUUUUUUGGCGUGGCGCAUUUACAUAUUUGACGUGUAAAUAAUUUUGAAGUAAAAAAAAUAUUGACGAAGUAUUUUUUAGGAUUUCUGAAUUUAGGGAAUUCGGAGCGGAGCAAAAAAAAGAGAUUUUUUGGCCAAAGCUUUCGGUUUUUUUAGAUUUCACUAUCUAACGUACAACGACGAGCUGGACAUAACCAAUAAAUUAAAUAACGCACACACAUAUCCCCCCCUCAUCGCACCCACCCAACACACAUCAACACCCGAACAUGGAUCUCGUUAACACCAUGAUGUUAUUUUGGUUUGCGUUUUUCGCGCAAGCGAUUUAAUUUUUCGAAAACGUUUCAUUAGACCGUAGGGACUAAGCUUAUUAUGAUCGUAUUAUAAAUAAACUUUGCGGAUGCGGCGGUAUGUACUUAAGUAACUUUUAGUGUAAACAUUGUAGAACUAGACCGAUGCGUAACAUAAUAGUACACGUAUAUAUGCAAGUAUUCGAACAUCCUUUUGCGUAUAGAUUUUACCUAAAUAGAUUAAAACUGUCUACUUUCCGUUGUAUAAAAAUAAGACACACACAUACACCACACACACCUUGCUGUUGAUUUGUGUUAUAUUUAUUACAUGAAUGUAUAUAUAUAUAUAUAUAAUAUACUUUCGAGGAAAAUAAAUGUUUCAUGGUUUUUA